AUGUACUUUGACAUCCCCAAGACGCAAGCGUACCUCGACGAGACCAUCUCGCUGUUCUCUUCGGCGCUGCCUUCGCUCACGCAACCAGCCGACGUUUUCGUCAUUCCCGAUUUCAUCACGUUGACGUCGGUCGCAUCGCAAAUCACUUCGUCCAAGUCGACGCUGCUGCUGGGAGCUCAGGAUGUGCACUCGCAAGACUUUGGUGCAUUCACCGGCGAAGUUUCACCCAAGGUGCUUUCUCAAGUCGGCGUCAAGUUUGUCGAGAUCGGUCAUGCCGAACGCAGGAGAUACUUUGGAGAGACGGACGAGGAUGUGGCCAACAAGGCAGCUGGCAUCUCGAAGAACGGCAUGGUACCUUUGAUCUGCAUCGGUGAGGUGUCGAGGCCCAAGAACAUCGAUCAGCUGUCCAUCGACGACGUAGAGAUGGUGGUGGAAGAGUGUUGGCGUCAGAUUCGACCCGCGUUGGAGGUGAUGGACAAGGACGCCGAGGUGGUGUUGGCGUACGAACCGGUGUGGGCGAUCGGCAAAUCGGAGCCUGCAUCGCCAGAGUACGUGGUCAAGAUCACAAAGGCGCUCAGGAGGAGGUACAACAAGGAGUAUGUCGAUUCGGACAAAGGCAGGACGGACGCCUCGAUGCGAAUCCUGUACGGUGGGAGUGCAGGACCGGGACUGUUUGAGAAGAUCAGCGAGGGCGUAGAUGGGUUGUUCCUGGGCAGGUUCGCUCAUCAGCCCAAGGCGUUCAUCGAUACGAUCAAAGAGGUCGCUGGAUCCAAGUAG